AUGGGCGAAAGAAGCAGCGUCGGACGAAGCACUGUCGCCACAGUGGCAUGUUCACGCGACGAGGACGUCUCGGCUUCGAUAGAUAGCCGGCGUCAAUCUGAGAUCGUGGAGCAGCGUACAGGAUCCGACAAAUCACACCGUGCCAGUCGGCAGCUCACCCAACCAGCCGACGGUCCCCUCGUCGUCCUCCCCACUCACUCGUCACUCCUUACUCCCUCUCUUCUCUCUCUCUCCUCGUCUUCAUCCGUUCGCGCAGGCAUUCAGCCUACUUUGCGCACGUGCGCGCUUGAGUACAGUCUGCUGACGCCUGUCUCUUCGUGUGUCGGCAUGCGAGUGGCCUCAUUUUUGCUCUCGCCUGCACAACGCGUCGAUGCGUUCAGCACUCAUCAGCUAAACCGUGCGCUGCACGACGAAAAUGUGCUCUUCAAAGAGUCUCUCAGUUGA